CUUUUUUGGGGUGAGGUGAGGAAGAAAAGUUCAAAAUCGAAGAAAAUGGAGAAAGCGGCCGCGGCUGCUGACUGGGUGCUCACCGCAAACGCCAUCCAGUGGAACGGAUGGAAGCAACAAAAUCUCAGCCUCAACCCCCAAGGGAAUCCGUCGCUCAACGCUACAAACUCACCUGGCGAAUCCUUUUGAUCUCCAAUCUCGCCCUCGGAGCUUAUAUGUUUGUGAGGGCAAAAAAGAAGGAUGCCGGAAUAGGAGAUAGGAAAACUGUGUCAGAAAAUUCGUCUACUAUAAGUACGGCUGCUGUGGCGUCUGAGGAACCCCUGCUCCCACCACCAACGAUUGAGCCUAAGAAGGUGCACGAGCCCAUUCCUGACAAUCAGAAGCGCGAGCUUUUCAAGUGGAUUUUGGACGUGAAGAGAAAAGCUGAACCAAAGAAUCCUGAAGAAAAGAAGCAAAUUGAUGAAGAGAAGGCCAUUCUAAAACAGUUCAUUCGUGCAAAGUCCAUCCCCACAUUUUAAACAGCAGUUCUUUAUGGCAUUCUUUUUGUUCAUCACUGAAACAUUAUUUAGUGAGGGAGGGUUCUCUUUUCUCCUGUUGCUUUUUUGGCUGAUGGGAUUUUAUUUUUUUUGGGAAUCAAUGGCUUUGCCCUCUUUGAUCACUUGUAUUCAAUGAAGAUCCUGCCAAUAUAUUCAAUCAGAUCAUUUUCCUACUAA